AAGCGGGAGCCUGCGAGGCUUUAGUGCAGCAGGGGCCGAGGGUGCCGGGGCGGGAGGGGUGCGGAGCUGCUGGAAAGGGUCUCGGGAAGGCCGGAGGUAAGUGAGGGGGCCUGGGCAGCGGGAGAGAAUGUGGGAACGGCAGAGGGCUGGGGAGGGCGGCGGGAAGGGUUUGGCUGGGUGGCUGGGAUGGGGAGAACUUCCCCGGCGAGGGGGGCUUGUGCUCUGGUGCCGGGCGGGGACGCCCCUGCCGCCUCUCCUGUUGCGACGUCGCGUUUGUCUUGGUGCAUCGUGCCGAAACGUUACUGCCGUCGCUCCGCCACACUUAUGGUUGGUGAUGCCAUUCCCUAUCGUAUCUUGACCCAUCCUUGAAAUAUCCCUGUCCUGUUGUAAUGGUUGUCGUGGCACAUCUGCGCUUCAUUUCCAUCACGAGAGCCUUGUGGUGACCACGAUGUGGGAAGAGGACGCUGGGAAGACAUCAAGGUAGCAGGCUGCUCUGUCGCAGGAUCUUGGAACACCGCUAGCUGAGACAGCUUCUGUGGGACAGCAAGGCUUCGCUUUCAGGGUAUUUCAGCUUGCUGCAUGAGGAAGGUGCCGUCUGGCCUGCCUGCCAUCCCAUCCAGAAUGGUUUGGUCUUUGCCGCUGCCUUUGGUGGAACACCAAGGGUGCUGCAUUCGUCUGUGCUGAAGCGUUACUUCGGCACGUUGAACGGCUGAUGUGACAUGCUGAAGUGCCGCCCUGGCACGCUGCACCACGUUGCCAUUGUGCACGCAGGUCUCUCUCUUGGGGAGAUCUGGGAGCCAUCGCUCUCUCAUAGAUGACGUUUGAACUGUGGAGUAUCUCUGCUGUGACAUUGCAACGGCGUGCUUUCGGGGCACUGAUUUUCCUGGGCAGUGCAGGAGAUGACCUGUGUGUCAUGUCCUCUGAUCGUUUUGUGCUCUUUCAGGUCCAUAGCUUACAGGACAACUCCAUUUCCAUCCAUACCAUUUCCCUCUGGCUACAGCUGGAGUUCAUAGAAAACAGACCCAUGUCAAGUAGUAUGGGCAAGGCAAAGGAACAAGGAACACUUCUCUCACUGAGUCUGAAAUAUGUGUUACACUGGCUCAGGAAACCACCUUAGUUAUUAAAGUAGUAACACUGGAAAGGGAAACCUUCUCUAUCUUUCCUCACUUUCUUGCAAGAGUGGUUUCAGCCUGAAGGGUUUUCUCUGAUAGUUCUCUGGACAAACAAUCUGCCUUGCCCUGGGAAAUGGCUUUGUCAGUGCAAAAAGCUCAGGCUCUUCCUCUGCCUGCGUUUUCUAAAACAUGGCUGUUGCUUUGUUCCAUGUACUCAAAAACUUGAGUACAGAAUUAAGGAGGGAGUGCUGGAGUCAUCCAGAAAUACAAAUGUGAGAGCGAGUAAUUGGUCAGCCUCUCUGUAACUUUUGAGAGAGGGAAGUUACUCUCAUGCCUGAGAAGGAGAAACUAGUGGAAGGAAAGCAGCUGCUGGAAAACUUAAACCAAGAUUAAAGGAAUUUAAUCUCCCUUUUCCCCCACCACGAUUAAAUGGCCCAUGGAUGUAGGAGCCAUUUUCCAGCAUCAUGCUGCACUGUCAGAAUAAAUGGAGUUCACCGCUGUGACCUUUCCUGGUGACCAAAACUGUCACUAGCAAUAGGAGCAUUUACACCUUGUCCAAGAACCAUUCUUGAUCUGGAGAAACCUGGUAGUGCCUCAGUGUUGCUGCUGCCUUUCUGACGCACGUAAUGCUGUUGCAUUUUCUGCCUCCUGUGUGACGUGGAUUUGAAGUGUCAAGCAGCAGCUACCUCGCCUUCAUGUCCAACUUCACGCCUAACUCCACAGCAUGUGGCAUCAGCAAUCAGUGUAAUCAGGAAUAUUCUCUCUGUCAUCAUUUCCUAGACCCACCUUUCUCCCCUACUCCUUUGACUUUGACUCUUGUUUCUGUGGUCUUCUGGAUUUGUAAAUAAUCUGAGGGAUCAUUCAGUUUCACACAUGUUUAAAUUUGGGUGUGGAAUGGGCCAUUUGCUUUGUCUGUUGCUUCUUUCUUCUUUUCUCAGCCCAAACACAGCAGUGCUAGUUAUUUUAUGGCGACUCCAGCUCACAGCAGUUCCCGCUUGCUCUAACACUAUGUUACUACUUUGGGGAAAUAAACUCAUGAUUAGUUACUGAAUUGUCAUCCUGUCGUACUGACUAUUACUCUUCAUUUCAGCACCUGAUCAUUAAUAUAAGAUCUCAUUGGUCCUGAAGUAUUCUUGACAUCUUUUCAAGCCAGCCCAUCCACCGCUAACAGUUUCAGUCUUUGUUUUCAAAAUCCUUUGCAUGCAGCUCCUUAUUGAUCCCCGUGCAAAGGAGUCACAAUCAAUAUAUAGAUCAUUGUCUCAGGAAAGAGAGUUCUGCAGAUUGCUCAAGACUGGUGGGAGUAAGUGUAGGCCACACCCUCAUCCUUUUCAUGAAACUGGGGUUGUUUGCUUGGAAGGAUUUAUCCAAGAGGGUUUUGUACUUGGUCACAUUCCAGCAAAGCCCAACAAAGGGGCAUUGACACUUUCCUGAGUUACAAAGCUGUUUCCCGGUGUGACCAUCCUCAAAAUGGAGGCUGUCUGAAUCCUUUCUGUCCCCUUUUCCUUUCAUUAUACCAUAAACUCCUCCCUUUUCUUAGUGCACACGGGCACUGGGCUCUGUCUGCAGCCAGACAGAGUGGUCUCCAGUAGGGUUAUCUUGCUGCUAAUAAUCAGACCCUUGGGGAUGGUGAAUUAGUGCACAGUGUGUGCUCCAGUUGGACUAAAGGCAUCCUCUUUUCACCGGUCCUGGUAGAGGAAGGAGCAAGAAUUCCAUGGCUGCUUCACAGAUCCUUUCCCUCCCUCCCUCCCUCUCGGUCCUGCUCUUGUAUGGCAAUGUCAUCUGCCUUCCAGGCCAACCGUUAUCGUAGCAGUAAUUAUACCUGGAAAAUAGCUGCCUCUCUAGUUGUUAUGGAAUUUGCAAUAUGUGUGUUAACACCUGAAGGCACUAACUCAGAAACCAAAGUCUGGGGUGGCUUUUUUGGUAUGUACUUUGCUGUAUUGUUAGAGGAUGAAUUUUGAUGUGAAGCUGUACUAUGUUUUCUUAAAUAAGUUGUAAGAGCCUCAUACUGAAGCAUUGUAGAUGUCCUGGCUCCCACUGACUAAGAGAGGAGUAAUGGUGCACGGCUGAGAUUAUUAAUGGCUGAGGAUCAUAAAAAGAUGUCAUUGGUGACUGGGGGACUGACACUAUGAUUUUCUUCUGCAGUCGGAUGCUCUCAGUCACCCAAAGGCAUUGGUUAAUUACCUGCUUGCUCCCUACCUAGGCUGAACUUGAUGAACAGCAUUUCCAUGUACAGCAGCCCAAGGAGCAGCAGAUGUUCUGGGUUGUUUUCCAGGCCUCAGCCCAUACUGCUGCCUGAACUUCUGACCGAGCACUGAAUGCCCGAAAGCAGGUGCCUGUUCUCGGUGUCUACCUGUCUCACCCUUUCCCGCCUCACCUGUGCCACUCGCAGUCCUCCCAGACUCCUUCGCUGCCUGCUCAGCUCUAAGUUUCUUUGCUCACCCCUCUGAGCUUUCUGGAUGCGGUGAGGCAUUAGGUAGAAGCCAGCAUGUUGUGGCUGGCUGCUUCUGAUUGCCUCUCCAAAGAGUGGGUCAGUUCUUAAAAACGCUGUGUUCAAACAAGCAUGAUGUGUGUGUUUAGAAUAAUGGCUUAGGGUCAAAGUCCUUCUUUUAAGUGAAGAUGUAAGCCAUAAAGAUCUGAGGUCUUAAACUUGUGAGAGGAUAAAUAAUUAGUGGAGUGCUGAAGGUAAAAAAGAUAAAAUGGAAACACCACCAUAUGCAGUUAGAGACUGAGGGGAAGGUGAUGAAUCCAGAGGAAAGGAGGCCUGGAAGAGCUGUUAAAUACACUUGACUAGAGCUCUUUUUGCACAGCACAGUUUCUACUGCUACCCUGGGUGGUUUCUGUUAAUUUUUGCUUUGAAAUUAAAUUAAUUGCAUUUGCUGUUGGGGUUAAGUGGCUGGAGGCAUGUUACAUUUUUAAGAAGAGAUGUCUCAGCCAUAUUUUUCUCUUUUCUUGAAGGCCUCGGUUGGCAGGCAGAGUCCGAGGGUGGUGCCAUACCCAGCCCGCAGUCUAUGUCCUGGAGAGCCUGGCCUUCAGAGUGCAGCAGUUGUGUCAAUGGGCUCAGCUGAUCAUCGACUGAACCUAGCAGAGAUCCUUUCACAGAACUAUGGUGUACGGGAAGAGAGGGAAGAAGAAGAUGAUACUCAGGAGAAGCAGAAAUCUUUAGAAGAGCUGGAGAAGAGUUUCAGUGCCUCUCAGAGCAGUGAAAUGCCAUUUGAGGAGCUGCUUGCACUUUAUGGCUAUGAGGCAUCUGAUCCCAUCUCGGAGCAGGACAGUGAGAGCAAUGAUAUUACUCCAAAUCUCCCAGAUAUGACUCUGGAUAAGGAACAAAUAGCGAAGGAUUUGCUUUCAGGGGAAGAAGAGGAGGAGACACAGUCUUCAGCUGAUGAUCUGACUCCAUCCGUCACAUCCCAUGAUGCAUCGGACCUAUUCCCAAACCAGCCUGGCUCAAACAAUUUCCUUGCUGACGAAGACAAAGAGCCCUGUUCAUCUCCAUGUGCUUCCUCCAUGGCUGAGGAUUCAGAGGAGGACUCCAUCCCAUCCAACGAGUGUAAGAAGGAGAUCAUGGUUGGACCUCAGUACCAAGCCACUGUUCCCAUCCUCCACUUAAACAGGCACAGCGAAAAAGCCUACGAGAAUGAAGAUCAGCUGCUUUGGGACCCGAAUAUACUCCCUGAGAGAGACGUUGAAGAGUUCCUAUACCGUGCAGUGAAGCGGCGAUGGGACGAGCUGUCUAGCAGCAGCCUGCCAGAAGGAGAGAUGGUGAAGGACAAUGAACAGGCUUUGUAUGAACUGGUUAAAUGCAACUUCAAUGCAGAAGAGGCACUGCGGAGGUUACGGUUCAAUGUGAAAGUUAUCAGAGGUGAGAACCCCCCGUAUUUGGGUUCUACCCCAAACAUCAAGGCACAUGUAACUCUAGAUUCUGUACAUCUCCUCCAAUUCCUCUUUCUUUCUGCUAUAGAUGAGCUUUGUGCCUGGAGUGAGGAAGAAUGUAGAAAUUUUGAACAUGGCUUCAGGGUCCAUGGGAAAAACUUUCAUCUUAUCCAAGCAAACAAGGUCCGCACCCGGUCAGUGGGCGAGUGUGUGGAGUAUUACUACAUGUGGAAAAAAUCAGAGCGCUAUGACUACUUCACUCAGCAGACUCGUUUAGGAAGGAAGAAGUACGUCCUCCACCCUGGAGCCACGGAUUUCACCGACAAUGACUUGGAUGGGGGUGAAGUAGAAAACACCAGUCGUUCUCGGAGCUCCCCACCAAUUCCUUCUGCAGCUAGCUGCCUGGAUUCUCACUUCGGUCAAGAUCAGAUAGCAAUAGAGAGCACAGAGCCUCUGAGCGUGGAGAGCACAGCCUGCAGCCUGGGCAGCAUAAGUGAGUCGGGGCAGGGCUAUGAGUGCAGUACUCCUUCGGAGACGAAUUGUUCCUUCGACCCCACGGAGGAGACGUCCUCAGGCGCCAUCUUGGCUUCCUGCACACGACACACUGUCAACCCCUCAGAAUCGGGGCUCUAUGCUUUGCCGCUGGCAGGACCAGGACUAGCAGAGAAGCAGGAGACGUUACAGAGCUCUGGUGAGACGAUAACCAUGGACUUCACUCUCCCUGCAGACAUUAACGAGGGUUUGCCUUUAAUUGCUGGCCCUGUGGAUUUGGACAGAGACCCAGAGGCAGUGGUGACCCCUGCGCAAGUGUCCUUAUCGGUCACAGAUUUUGGCCUCAUUGGCAUCGGAGAUGUAAAUAGUUUUCUGACUGCUCAUCAGGCUUGCCCAGCACCUGUGGCUCGGUCAGAGCCUUUGUCACAGUGAGAGUCUCCAGUCACAAACUUGUCACAGACCCAGCAAGGACUUCGACCUGACUGAGUGAAAUCCUGGAACUUCCACUGUUCCGUAGGGACAGUUUGGAGCUGUUGGUCAGAAUCCGUCUUUCCAUCCUCCUUGAUCCAAGGCUACAGUGAAACCAAACACCUUUCUGCUCCAGUGUGUUCUGACACAAUCACGCAAAGCUGGUGGCUGUCUUUAGUGAGGGGGGAGAUCCAUCGCCCCCUGCUUCGUUGACCAUGUGUCACCCCAGGUAAUUCCAGGCUGUUCAGAGAGUCCCUGCCUCAGGACAGGGGAAAUGUCGCUUGACCCCAGUGGGACAGUCUGGGUGCAGAGAUGCUUUGAGAACAGGGACGUAUCACCAGCACUUUGGGGGCUGGGAUGGAGGAUGCAGUCUGGAGGUCCGAGAGCUUAGGAAAUCCGCAGGGAGCACAGUCCACCUGGGCUGCAGGGCAGUUUGCCUGCAGAGACGGGCAUGGCGAUGCUGAAGGAAGAUGAGGAGUCUUGGCCCUUCACCCACAGAUAGUGUGUUGCAAUAGAAGUGAUUCUCCCCGUUCCCCUCCCAACAGCCAUCCUGCACUCCUGAGCUGUGGGUCAUGACAGGCACACACACUGCUGUUUUCAAACCUCUCGCAGCUGUGCAUGUCUUCCUGCCCACUCCACCACCAGCUGCAGGUGGGAUGUGGCCUGGCCCAGCCCUUUGACAGAAGUGUCAGGUCUUGGAAAGGGACACUGCGCGGUGCAGUAGCACUGUGUGCACUUAAGUCCUUCUUACCUUCCCUUGUACUGGGAGUAAAGGGAGUUUCUAGACCCACAAAGUGAUGUUGGCCCCAGAGUGGUACAGUGCUGCCACUUCUGUUACUGGUGGUGAAUGACUUGAUCCUUGCUGACCGCUGCAGUACAAGAGGGUAAAAUGCAGAUGAAAACGUCUGUAACUUCCCAGCUUGUUCAAACAAUUUGUCAGCUGUGGGAGGAGGAGGUUGCUUAGCUCCCAGGGCACCAAGUCUAGGACACUGGUGCUAGCACAGAGUCCCAGGAAGGAGAGCACACCAGUCCCUGGGCAUCCCUGCCCCUUUCUGCGUCACAAAAAAAAAGCUGUUUUCUGAAAGGAAAGUAUGUUUUUACUGCCAUUAGCAAUGUUCAAGGAGGUGACAAGGGUGGCCUCGCAUGGCAGCGAGGAGGCUGGCUGCUGUGCAGAGAGCCACAGCGGUGUGUGUGUUUGUGGGUGUGCUGGAGUCCAGAGCUGCUUUGCUUCCCAGAUAUGUUCCAGGUCUGGGGUUUGCCAUUGGCUUAAAUCCACAUGUUCUCAUUCCCCUUUUUUCCAUGCAGGGAAUGCUGUCUGCUGACUUGCUGGGCAAGGCUCUGAUGCAGAUGUUCCCUUCCUCCAGCCAUUUUCUGCAUUUGGGAAGGGGUUUGGGUUGAGGUUUUCUGCUUGUUUUGGUAGAGGCCUGAGGGCUGUGAUUCUGCCGUUGGUUCUGCUGCCAGUGGAUUUGGAAGAUGACUAAAACCAUUAGCCUGCAUCCUCCUUUUACCUGGCCCUGUGAAGUUGUGCUCAGCCCUGCAGUGGGAGCACAGAGACAACAUCAGGCAGCUUCAUGGGAUGACAGGGUCAGACCUUGUCUCUCAUCUUCCAAGCUCCAGACCCAUUUUGUGUGCAUUAGCAGGGGUUUGCUUCGGUCCCUGGCCAGCUCCGCUGAGAGGUGCUGAGCACCCGACACACACACCUGCCUUGACCAGGCAUCACUUUGUCAACCAGACAUGGUAACUGGAGGUCUCCCCUCCAGUUGCUCCCAGUUGCUGGAAAUGGAAAGCAAAUAUGAGUGCCCGCUCCAUAGUGGAACUGCCCAGGCUGUGAUUCCCCUUUUCUGGGGGAGAGAGGAAGCUCCUUGGCUGAAAGGAGAAGAGGAGGCAGGGUGAGAGCACGGGCAGCCCUCCCAGGGAGGGCCAGGCCUUGGCAUCUCCUCUCCAUCAGCCAAGAACAUUCUUAGUUUUCCUGAAACCAUUUUUUCUUUGGUUUGUUUCAAGCCCUAAUGAAAGGAGAGGAGAAGCUGGGGAGGCAGAAAUCUCCCUUAUUUAUGUUCUUCAGUGUUGUUUACAGAUUCGCAUGGGGUCUUUCAACAUGAGUGCGGCGCUUUUUCCACAUAACUUUAAGGGAGAGGGGUGGAAAGGGCUGGGACAGGGAGGGGGAGUCACUUGGGGAGGAGGUUUGGUUUUCAGUUUUUGUUGGGGUUUUCUUUUUCCUUCUCACAAAGCACAUUCACUUUGAGCCGCUCCCAAUGCUGGACUCUUUCCCCCCCCCCCCCCCCCCAAGCCCUACACUGUGAAGUGAUACUGCCUUGAAGACCCCUCGCCGUUAUUUAUUUAAUUAAAAACCUAAUUUGGAAGUGA